AAAUAAAAAAUGAUUGUUUAAUUGUCUUGUCUUUGGAAUCUUUUGGAAGAAAUUAAAAUAAAACAAAUUAACAAAUAAAUAAUAUCAUUUUGUUUUCGAAUUAAUAUAAUGUCAAGUAAAUUUAGUAACAUAAAUUAAUAUUAAAAAUAAUUUAAUAAAUUAUUUAAUAUUGGAAAAGCCUCUUAGCAUUUCAAUAAAUCAUUCGUUAGAGAUAUUAUAAUGAAAAAAUUUCAUGCUAAAAAAUCAACUUUACAUUCACAGAAGAAUUUGUGCAAUUUAUAAAAUAAAAAUGCGAUGUUUAUGAAAUUGUUUAGUCGCAGAAAAAUUGCAUAAAAAGUAUUUCAAAGAGUUUCUUAAGAUUUUCUCGAAGAAAUGGUUAUUGUAUUUGAAAAAAGACUAAAUUAUGAUUAAAUCUCUCUCUGCCUCCCUUACAUUUGUUUUCAUUUUUCUUUACAUAAUUAAGAUGAAAUAGUAUCAUCUUGAUUGAAUUUUUCAAAUUUUUUAAACGUUUAUUUUGGAGAAACAAGUACUAAAAUAAAUGAAGAGGGUUUGAUAAAUUUCAGUUCAUAACUUGACGAAAGAACCUUGAUUUAUUUAAAAAUACUCGAAUAUAAAGAACUUGAAAUUUUAUCCUGCAAAUUUUUAUUAAUUUAAAUGUCGUUUAAAUUUUUAAUAUUUUAUCAACGCCCUGUGCUCUCGGCCACGUAGCGGCUCCACGUACUCGGCAUCCUUUUAUUUAUUUGUCAGGAGUCGGACGUCGCUGCGCAUGUGGGGCGUCCUGGCCUGCGCGGGCUGCAUCGACCCUCAAACCAUCUCGUACUCUCCAGCAGUACAUGCCUAGCCAGAUCUCAUCGUGCCGGGAUAAUCGGGAAUAAGUGAACCGAUAUCGUAUCGAAUCGAGUUAACUGUUUAACAUUGCCAUCGAGAAAACGAGCGAGAGAGAGAGAGAAAACAAGAGAAAGAAAGGGGACGUGCGUCUUGAUAAGCUGAUAAAGGAUUUGCGGACAUCCGAGCAUUUCUGAUUAUGUUAUCUGUCUUACCAAACGUAAAAAUCGAUCGCCCAAAAUGAACGGCAUUGCGGACGAGUGUGCCGACAAUUGUUGCGUGUAAAAUUGCGCAGUGAUGUAAAGAUAAAAACGGCAGAAACGCGAGAACGCUUUCCGCGAACACUAAACACUUUAUUUACUUUUCGCGAAAGUAAAUAAAAGAAAACUGUCUCGAUGGUUCUUCGUGGCUUGUUGGCCCCUGCGGCGGCUCGUUGGAGAAGAAAUAAAACAGCGAGAAGAAGCCAGAACGCCGCUUGGGACAACGUAAACGCGCCUGUUGGCCAAUUGGGAUUGUCACGUUAUGGACCGCAGGUGAUGAGCGUGCUGUGUUUAUGCACCUCCAGCAUCCACCAAUCAACCCCUAACGUCACGCAGACCGGCAAGAUACUUCCGAGUCCGCCGUCAGACACUCUUUGCGAGCAGCGAAUAACGCCCUCGCAGGAAAUACCGACUGACGAGCUGGCUCUAUUAGCUAAGCUGGAGGAAGCCAAUAGGCUGAUCGAAUCCGAUGCAAAAUCACUGAAUUCUCUCCAGAGCAAUCAUAGUAGAAAGGGCUCCGACACAUCCCAGGUGUCUGUGGCGUCGGGGGGCAGCGGAGGUAACGGCGAUGCUGCGCCCCGACGCCACAACCCAGCCGAUGGUGAAGAGAAUACAUGGACUCUCUGGGGUCAUAUAGUGGCUGACUGGGAUUAUCAUUGGAAGAAACGAAAAGAAUUUGUUAAAGAAUUGGUUCGUCAAGGCAUACCACAUCAUUUUAGGGGCAUUGUUUGGCAAUUAUUAAGCGGUGCCCAUGAUUCUCCAGUUAAGAAACAAUUCGCCGAGUACAUUAAAGCAACAUCAGCCUGUGAAAGGAUAAUUAGAAGGGAUAUCGCUAGGACGUAUCCUGAACAUGACUUUUUCAAAGAAAAGGAUGGUUUUGGUCAGGAGAGUUUGUUUAAUGUUAUGAAAGCAUAUAGCUUACAUGAUCGCGAAGUAGGAUACUGCCAAGGUUCAGGAUUUAUAGUAGGAUUACUUUUAAUGCAGCAAAUGCCAGAAGAAGAAGCUUUUGCUGUACUCGUAGCGCUAAUGCAAGAAUAUCGCUUACGGGACAUGUUCAAACCAAGUAUGGCUGAAUUAGGAGUGUGCAUGUAUCAAUUGGAACAUUUAGUUGCUGAUGCGCACCCUGAACUUCAUGCUCACUUCACGGCCCAAGGUUUUCAUACGUCGAUGUAUGCAUCUUCUUGGUUUCUUACAUUAUUUACAACAGCGCUGAGCCUUCCGCUAGCGUGCCGCAUUUUUGACGUCUUUUUAUCAGAGGGCAUGGAGAUAAUCUUUAAGGUUGCAUUGGCUAUGCUGCAGUUAGGCAAAGAAGAUUUGCUCAGUUUAGAUAUGGAAGGCAUGUUGAAGUUUUUCCAAAAGCAAUUGCCUGGGAAGGCCGAGAAAGAUCCCGAUGGCCUUAUGACGCUUGCGUACGGAAUGAAAAUCAAUCCGAAAAGAAUGAAGAAACUAGAAAAAGAUUAUACCAUCUUAAAGAUGAAGGAGCAAGAAGAGAUGGUCGAGUUACGCAGGCUUAGAGCAGAAAAUAGAUUGCUUAGACAAAGAACUGAACUUCUCGAAGCGGAAUCUGCCGAAUUAGCCGAUAGAUUAGUUAGAGGUCAAGUAUCACGCGCCGAAGAGGAAGAGACCGCUUUCAUAGCGCAAAGAGAAUUAGCAGCGCUUCGACAUUCGCAUCUUGAGACGAGCCAUCAACUCGAACAGGCGCACGAGGAAUUGAGAUCGUUAUCGAUCCUUCUCGAAGAGAAUGUGACAUCCAGACAGUCAUCACUCGACGAGAUAUUAGUAAAGCAGGAAGCGCUAUCGCAGAAGGAGGAAAUGAUACAAUGUUUGCAAGAGGAAUUGGUUAGAGUUAGAUUACAUGAGGCAGAAAAUGAUGCGCUGAUUAGGGAACUCAGAGGAAGGAUACAGGAAUUAGAACAAGAUAAGAAGACUUUGCGCGAAUCGACGCCGGACAAUUCCGUUGCUCAUUUGCAAGAGGAACUUAUUGCAGUUAAGCUUAGAGAGGCAGAAGCCAAUUUAUCUUUAAAGGAUUUGCGGCAGAGGGUUAUGGAACUAAGUGCAGCUUGGCAGAGGCAUUUACAAGAGCACCGGUCCGCUCAAUCAAUGCCUGCUGCUGAUUCUACGCCAAAGAAGCUGCUCUUUUGGGAGAAUCGAGGUCACGAAGUGCAGAAAUUUGAAGAAGAUUUAAUGACAACCAGAAUUCGCGAGAUGGAAGCAUUGACCGAAGUUAAAGAACUACGACUUAAAGUUAUGGAGCUUGAAACUCAGGUGCAGGUAGCAACUAAUCAGCUUCGUAGACAAGACGAAGGUGGGAAAGUACUUAAAGACGAAUUGGAGUCUGCGUUAGCACGAGAGAAAGAUCUGACUGCCAAGCUGAGAGAACAACAGCACAAGUAUUCCGAUCUGGAAUCGAAAAUGAAAGACGAGGCUAUGAUGGCCAGGAUACGCGAUGCCGAACACGCGCAGCAAGUGGCAGAACUUAUGCAGAAAAUAUCUCUUCUCGAAUUGAAGAAUGAAGAGAUGCAUGCGGAAGGCGAACUUAGAAAUAAUUUAGACGACAGUGAGAAAGUAAGGGAGCUUCAAGAUAAGGUCGCUGAAUUGAAGGCCGAGUUCCCCACGCCAAUCACCAGCCCGGAGACUGAGCCUUGGCGCUGGCUCGAGUAAGUCUUUACCCAUGCGUCAUGAGACUAGAAAGUUGGAAACAACGAUGGACGGGACUCGGUGGCCAAACCGUGCGAAGUUUUAGCGUCGAUACUGAAAGCGAAUUGGACGAGCGGGAUCUCAGAAUUUGCUUGCAGGAUCAUAUCAAUACGACCACGCCAAACUCACCCGAGGUAUAGAAUUCUAUGUAUAUCAAGACCAUUAGGCAGCUAACAAUACUCCGUUAUCGAUACGCACGAACCUUUUGUUCGUCGUCGGCUUUUGCUGUAGGAAAUAAUGCGUAUGCGCUUAGAUUGUAACACGAGAGUAGACCGUAAUAAUCUUGUUUAGUUACAUGUAUUACUAUUAGGCCAAAUAUAACACGUAGCCGUUUAAUUAUGCUAUAACGAAAACGAAACAAUGAAACAGUAAUCGAUAGAUGCUUUCGGUAAUCGAAGUAAUCUCGAUCGUAAUCAGGACAAUUGUUUACAUUAAACAACCUAACAUAGUUUACAUAAUUCGACAUGUUCAAGUUUCUUCAGAGCAGUAUAAUAAAUGAAUUUUUGUAUGCAUAGUGGCAAAUAUUGUUUAUUAUUAGCAAUAUUAUUUUUAUUAUUAUUACAUUUUAUAGAUUAUAUUACUCAAGUAUUAUAAAGCACAUGUUAGUUGUAGUCAAUAGAGUAUUAUAGAAUAUAACUAACAGUUUGUUUAUAUUAAUCAGUAAAUGAUCAUAAACUACGUUUGAAAAAGAUUUAUAACUGACACAUGAUAAUUUCGAAAAAAUGGCAAAGGGUAUGCAAAUUUAAAUUUGAUUUUUCUAUCGAAUUAAUUUCAUUCCAUGAUUGCAGAUAGUGUUUUAUAUAAAAUAUUCUUAAUUACAUGUAUAUACAUAAUAUAUAUUAUGUAUAUAUACAUAAUAUAUUUCUCCCAUUUUACUAAUUUGUGAAUUCGAUUUUAAUAAUUGAUUUCUCCAGAUUAGUAAGGCUAAUUUGAAUGUCAUUCUUUAAUCUGAGUGUUGUCAUAUUAUCUCUUGUCAAAAUAUACAUUCUUCUAAUAACUUUUGAUAAACCUUUCGAGAGUUUCGAAAAAUGUGCAUUCCAUCUCUCGUUUAAUCUUUCACAUUGUGCUGAAAGCGAACAAUUAUUGGAAAAUUAAUAGAAAUUAAUUUAGUAAUUAAUUUCUAUAAUUUUGUAUCACGACAAAUACAGAUAAAAGAGAUAGAAAUUAAUUUAACUAAAUUAAUUUCUGUUUUUUUAAUUACUUAUCUGUAUUGUCGCGAUACAAAUAUAGAUGUUUGCAGACAAUCUAUAUUUAUUUUUUAAUACAUAUAAAACUUAAUGGUCGAUAUGCGUGAUUAUUUCGUAAUAUUUGAAAUAGGAAUUUUUGAAAUAUUAUUCAAGGAAUGUGUUUUUUAACUUUUCGAAAACUUGAUUACGAUCCGUAGAUUAUACAAAGAUUAUCAUAGACUUUCCGUGACACACGCAAUUGUUUUUAUACGCAUUAAAUACUCUGUGUAUUUUUUGUAAUUCAUACCAAAUGUAAUCGCAUUUAAGAAAUUAUAUAUUUAAUGCCGAAAAACGUGGGGACAGUAAUGUAUCGUCGUUUUUUAUAAAAAUAUGUAUUUAUAUAUUAUAUACAUAUGUGUGUGUGUAUGUGUGUGCGUGUAUGUGUAUGUGUGUAUGCGCGCCUGUGUGUAUGUAUAUCCGUACGCGCGUGUGCGUGUGUGUGUGUGUGUGUGUGUGUGUGUGUGUGUGUGUGUGUGUGUCACGAGGAAUCAUCGCAUACGAAUCACGAUAUUCAUACAACACACAUAUAUUGCGUGCGUUACUCGAAUCGAAAUUUAAUCAUCUAAACAUUGAAUAUAGAUUCACGGUUUGUUUUUGCAAAGUAAUAAUAUAUACGGAGACAAAAGGGUAAGAUGAGCGCAAAAGAGUGUAAAUUAAGAAUAAAUUUAUUACGAAAACGUACUAGAAAAUUUACAUGUUCAAACUUUUUCUUCACACUUUAAUUCUCUACACAUUCUAACCGUUCUACUUUGUUAAUUUUUAAAUUUUUCUUAAAGUUUAUCACUAGAUCAUUUAAUUCUGUUAUUUCAUAAACGUAUUAUAGGUGUUUUUUUUUUAAUUUCUUAUAUUAUUUCUUUUUUUAUGUUUUUAUUUUUUUCAUGAAUGGUAUAUUUUAUUAUUGUUGAACUUUCAAAAGUUUUUAUUUUGCUAGAAUUUUUCUUUAAUAAAUUGAUCCCAAGAUAUAUACAUUUGAAUACAAAUAUUGAAUACAAGUAUUAUAAUAGAUUUAGGUAGAAUUGUGUAUUUUUUAUCAAAACCAAAUAUAAUUAAUUUCAAAUAAAUCAAAGAGGACAUCUUUUCUCCAGUAUGUUUUCGUAAUAAAGUUUUCAUUUAUCUUUAAUUUACACCUUUUUGUACUUGAUUUGGCUUUUUUUUCUUAUUAACUAUCUAAAGUUUAAGAUACAAUAUACUCUCGAAGAAGGGUAUAUCGAAUUUUUAUCAUUGUUAUCCUAUGUAUGUAUAUCAUUUGUAACAUACUUAACGAAUUUCUUCAAAAAAGAAAAAGGGAAAAUGAUUAAUUUUUGUGGGUAAUAUGCAAUUUGCACACAGCACGAGGUGUGUACAAUUAAUUAAUUGAUGAUCAAUUUUACGAGGGAUUGUAAAAUCGUGAUAAGUGGACUGUAAAUCGCUAUCGACGGAGAAACGCAAAAGUUGUCUUUUUCAAUCGAUUUAACGAUUUUAGAUUGUUGAAAUUGAAACCGGACGAGAUAAUCGGAAGUACUUGUAAAAAUUAGCACCCGAGCAUAGCUUGUUCCUUUACCGUGACUUGGAUAAUUAUCUCCAAUGUAAGUAUUCGCGUCCUGCUUAACUUUCUUUUACAGCGAGUCACCUUAGCCUACUUGCAACGCAUCUUCUCUCGCUUGGCCUAAAUCGUUACAUCCCAUUCCUACGUCGCGUUCAAAUAAUCGGCAUUGUUUUAACCCGUUAAAUUGCAAUAUUUCAAUAAAUUUUAUGUCAAUAUUUUUUUUUAAUUUGACUGAAAUUCAUCCGCUUCGACGCGGCGUUUUGAAAAGAGAUUAUGCCACAGUCAUUAAAAGUUUCCAAAUAAUAACUAAAUUAUUGGUAACGACAGUUUCGCUCAGAGCUUACUGAACGUUUUAACAAUUUCAAUAUCGAUUAAUACUUUUGAAACGUAAUUCGCUUAAACGCACCCUUAAAUUUCCAUAAUUUUUUUCAGGUAAAUUUCAUAAUUAUAUUGAGGACAUAACAUCGAAACUGUUGUCGAUGUAAUUAAUAGCUCGGCUUCUCGGUAGCCUCGAGAGCUGAAUGACAGCUCGGCAGGUCUAGGACAGUCUAUAUACACAGAUCCAAUGACGCAGAAACUACAGAUAGAUAUUAUGAUACUAGAACACGGUUCGCACGUCGUAACUCGCCGCUGUUAUUCUGCGACGUCAAGAAUUCGUGGUGAUUAAAUCGACUCUCUAGCAGCGAGCGGCGUAACAGCCAUUAUCAUUUUAAUAGUGCAGCUCUGACGUGCAACGGAAUCGGAAAAGAACCGCUGCAAAUAUUCUGUGCUAAAUUCAGAAAUAUAUAGGUACAAACGUCACUUUCUCUCCGCUCUUGCACACGUUUAUUCUUCGUCGUGCCACUUACAAAUAAAUACAUCGCUCAAUUCGUACAUACGUCGUAAAACAGUCGUAUCAUUCGCAUUUUCUACAAUCCUUCGUGCGAUCCUUAAUUAAAAUCUGUCGAUUUUGAUAUCACGUUUUUUAAUUAGUUUUAAAUGCGCACGCGAUUUGUCUUCGUAAAGAAUUACUUGCAAAGUAUCUACACAAUUGAAAAAUGUACUGAGAAAAAACAUUACUAAAUUUUAAUAAAUAUUUGUUUGAAUGGUGUCAAUGAAAUAUUUAUUAAAUAUAAAUAAAUAUUUAUUUAGUGCAAUAACUACUAUAAUUUAAUUCUCAUUUUUUUAUUGAGUAAAUAUUUAUGUAUCGUAAGUAUUUUAUUGUAACUAUUCAAAUAAAUAUUUAUUAAAAUUUAAUAAUUUUUUUUCAUUGUACUAAUAUUGAAUUUUACUAUCUUUGUAGCUUCGUUAAAAAUGUGCUGAUUUGCUCACAUGUGCAUGCUUGAGAAGCGAAAAAGGCUCUUACCGAGAGGAAAGUGACUCGUUAUUCGUACGUUAAUAUACGGAUUUACGGCGCGCUGCGACUCGCCGAUGUCGAUGUAGAAUUUAUUAAAAGAUUGCAAUUUAACGAAUGCAGCUCGUUAGGUCGAGAGCAUCGUGUAGACGAUGCGAAUUCAUUCCAUUUAAUUGAAUUAUUGAUCGUGCGCGAUAACAGCGAAGUAAUAAAUAAAUCAACAACUACGAUUGCAUCCAACGGUAUCAAUAAAUUAAGUUACAAUGCA